AAGAUUUCUCAUUUAUUAAACUCUUUACUUUCCAAGAUUUCUCGUUUAUUUAACUCCUUACUUUCCUUAUUGAAAGAACUGACAGAAUAUUUUAUAUUUUUUUCUUUAUCGAUUCUCAGGAAAAAAAUUUUUCUGCUUGGUUCCCAAAAGAUGAAUGAAACAAGAUUUUCUCAAUCCUAUUUUCCGCAGCACUUUACCAAUCGAAGUGAAGAAAGUAAAUGGCAAAAAAGUAAAGAAAAUGAUAUAUAUGAGCUCGGACGCGCUUUAUUUCCUAUGGAACUUCUAUGUCAAACUUCUCAUCAAGAAAGUAACUCUCGAGAGACAAAGGGAAUAUCUCUUACGAAACCUGGUAGUUCUGAAGAGACAGUUCAUGAAGAUAGAACUAAGAAAAGCAUUCCAUCCAUUUAUGAUAAACCUUACAUACAACAAAAUAAAGAGAUUCAGGCCCAGAGCUUCAGUUUGCCUAUCACUAGCGAAACUGCCAGAAAUAACGAGAUUAAAUGUAAAAGAAAUAAAAGCGGAGAUAGCAAAGAUGAGGUCGGAGAAUAUGAUGAUAUUUCAAGGGGUAAAUCGUGCCCUAAUAGAGCAAGAAUUGAGUCUAUGCAAGCAUCUAUGGGGAAAUUAUGCAGGAUCGGUGUCGUGGGAAGCGAUGAAGGGACAAAAUGGACAUCAUGCCGAUUUGUACAGCCAUGCUAUAGAAUUGGAAGAGAUUGUACUGAAAUACCUUUACAUAAUGUGUCAGAGAGUCAUGAAUGUUGCAACAAUUCAUCCAUGAUAAUCGAGAUUAUUGCGAGUGAAUCCAACCGUCACCAACUUGCAAAAUCUGUUCAUCAAGGGCCCUGUGAAGUAUCAAAUCUUACUGAAUGUAUGAAGGUAAAAGCGGGUUAUGGAGAAGAUCUUUACGAUGUUCGAAAUUUUGGUUUUAACCAUAUCAUACUUGUUGGGAAGCGAGAAUAUGGAAUAACGUUUUUAGAUUGCUAUGGUCGAGUUUUUGAGUUAGACAGGAUGUCUGAUGCACUGUGGCCACUUGGGAAUUCUUUGGAAGAGGUGGCAACAAAACCCUGGACUGGCGAGGUGGCAUGGGAUGUUGAUGAAGAUGGGGUUGUUUUUGAAUGGGAGUAUUAUACUGAAGCUGAACGUACUACACAUGAUUUUAAACGUGCGGAUGAUAAGAAACCCUGGAAACUUGAGGGAGUCUAUAAAGAAAUCCCGGACAAGAACAAAAGUAAAAAAAAGAAAAGCAAGAAAAGCAAGAAAAGCAAGAAAAACAGCACGAUUUUUUAAUUUUUAAACUUCUAUAAUCACAAUUUUACAUAUUUUUUCUCUAUUAUUGGCUCUUACGAUUAUUAUGUAAAAUACAUCUUUUUCACUUUACCUUUAACCACGCAAUAUCACUUUUAGUAUUUGCUUUACAUUGUUACCGAUACCCGGAACACCACCGGCAGCACUUUAAUUUAUAAUUUGCAGAUCUCUAGUUUAUGCUAAAUUUUUCACUAUCUUUGCGCAUGCCUAUAAUGUUUCUAUAAUUUUAUAUCAAUUUCUGUAUCUAAAAUUUGAUUACCUCCAAAAAAAAAGAUUCGAUAUAAUACAAUAAAGCAGUUUACUGUUGUCUUAGGUAAAAAUCUCUGUUAUUUAUUUGAUUGUUAUAAAAUAUAAUUUUUUCUUAAAAUCUUUUUUAUUUACAAGUUGCCAUCAAUUUGUAUAUUAAAAGAAAAGCAAAUGCUGUGUGGUGAAAAGGUAUAUAGAAGUCUACUAAUAAAAAACC